CUCUUAAAAGACAAGAAAAUUAAAUGAAGAGCCUUGAUCAAAACAGAAAGGCGAUUCAAAACACAAUAGAGAAAACCUAUUCAGUUUUUCCUGAUAACAAAAUUUAGCACCAAUUGCCUUUCUACAAAAUUUCGUUCUUUUGAUAGAUUAAUACGUCGCUGCAAACGAACUAGAAUCAAACAUCCACCGUCGGUCUCGUUCUACCAGAUCCGUCGCUUCUCCAGGUACGUUCUCUACCCAAAAUUGAGGGCUUUCAAUGUUGAAACCUAUUUGUACAAGCUUAUGAGCAACUGCAUUUGAUUCUUGAUUUGUGUGCUAAAAAAAAUAGAAUUGAAAUUUAGGGCCUUCAUUUUAAUUUCCUCAAUAUAGGUCCCAAUCUCAGAUCUAUCUCAGGUCCCUUUUUGGAUCUUUACUACGAUUGUUCUUGAAUCCCCCUCCAUUAUCACCUUCCGGAAAACUCAUUUCUAUCGAAAAAUUCAAUGCUUGGAGACAUGCUAAGGCUUCCGCCAAGAAAGCAUCCGCCGCAUGGUUGUUUACCACCACUCCACUGCCCAUGACUAACCCUUGAUUAUCCUGAAUUACAAACCCCAAACAUGAUUCACAAUUUCUAGGUUCGUAGUUGUUUUUCUUUACAAUGUUAUCUCUAAAGUAUAAAUCUGAACUCUCUUUCUUAAAUUACAAUGUUGCAUCUAAAAGCUAGCUUAUAAUACAAUUAAACCUUAUAAUGUAAUUAAAAUGGUAAUUAAGUUAAAAGAAAAUACUGAUUAGUGGAAUAAAAGGAAGUAAAGUGAUGGGGGAUGAAGACGUCAAAGUCAAGUGAUCUUAAUAAAAAGCAUUUUAAAAUUAUAUUAGUACUUUGUUUUAAAUAAGGUAAGUUUGGAUCGAGCUAGAAAUGACAAGAUAAGAGAAGAGAGCUCAAAUUCUAUCUAAAUCGAAAAAUCUUUAAUUUUUCCAUGAAAGAUUUAUUUACUGUUUUCUUUUAAGAAAUGGAUUAUUAGUAGAUAAAAGUUGAAAAGGCUAGGGCUUCAAAUCAGUGGAUAACUCCAAGGCAAGGCAUGUCACAUUUUUUGCCUUUGGCACCACUUCGAACAUCUAUCUGUUCAUAAUAAUCCUCUUCACUGUUUUAAGUGAUCUCUGAUGUUUUCUUGUUAUAAAUCCGCCGUAUGAUUCCAAACAUUAAUCGAUGUCCCACUUGUCCAUUCUAUGUAUACUUGUAUUCAAAGACAACAACAUAAAAAUUAAAUUAUGAUUGAGAUUCGAAUCUUAAAUUCACUCAAUUUUAUUUAUUAAUAUUAAAAAUAAAUAUAUUUUCUUUACAUUAAAGAUUUAUGGCUAAACUAAUUAAAUUAUUGAUUUUAAUUAAUCAAUUCAAUAAUCAUGAUUAAAACAAAGGUUGAAUGACCAACAAUAUUAUCAAAUAAGCAAUGCUUUUCUUCCUAUUAUACCUUCAUUUAAGUUAGUUUUUGUGAAAAUCUUUACCUAAAUCUUACAAUAAAGAAUCAUUCUCCAAUGAUAUAUAACUUUUGGGAUGCAGACAGAAAUGAAGGGCAGAAGAAGCUCAUGUAAGAAUCGAAUAUUUCACGAUCAAUUAUGUAAUAAAUAUUUGUACUACCAAAAUCUUUUUAUAUAUCGUAUUAAGAAACGAAUAUGAGGAGAAAAAAAGGUAAGGAAAGGGUGAUUAUAAAUUGUUAUUUCAUGUGUAUGAUUACUAAAUUAUGGCCUUAAGAACUAGGCUCAGUUGGUGGGCCGUUCUCAACCCUAGUUUACAUGUGAGGUUGGUGAAAGGCACUGUCAACCUUUUAUUGUCCUUUCCAACAACUCCCAUAAUAUCUCCUCUCUCUCUCUCUCUUCCAUAUAUCAUUCAUUUUAUAAUGUAGAGUAAUUAAUGCUACUGCUAAUAUUCUUGAAAUUAUGGCAGAGUCAAGGGGUGAAAAAUAGUGAGAUAUAAACAGUAGUGUGAUUGAGGAAGACUAGGAGAGGAUUUGAAGAGUGAGUGGUCAUUUAAGGUAUAAUCUAUAUUUGUAGCAUGUAGAGUUCAAUAAAAAGUAGAGCCCUGUCUUUAUUAGACAAAUUAAAUAAUGUGAGAAAAUUUAAAAGAAAAAGUCACUGACUUUAAUACAUUAUACAGUAUACAGUAUAAGCUCCCUUAUAAAUUCCUCAUCAGUAACUCAAUAUAACCUCACAGUUCUUCUUCACUCUUUCACUCCUCACACUCUGUGCUCUUUCUUUUGUCCAAAUCUUGUUCAAAUUGUUGUUUCCUUUUGUAUCUUUUCUGCUGCUAGUUGAGGUGGAAACUACAAUGGCAAAGAAGCCAAGAAUUGUGAUAAUUGGAGCUGGGAUGGCUGGUCUUACUGCAGCUAACAAGCUCUAUACUUCCACUGGCUCCGACCAUUUGUUUGAGCUUGUUGUUGUUGAAGGUGGUGAUAGAAUUGGUGGCAGAAUCAACACUUCGGAGUUUUGUGGUGACAGAAUUGAGAUGGGUGCUACUUGGAUCCAUGGUAUAGGAGGCAGCCCGGUACAUCAAAUUGCUCGGGAAAUCCAUGCGCUUGAGUCUGAUAAGCCAUGGGAGUGUAUGGAUGGGUUCUCGGGUGAGCCAAAGACUAUUGCUGAAGGUGGGUUCGAGCUAAAUGCCUCCAUCGUUGACCCCAUAUCCACCCUUUUCAAAAACCUGAUGGAUUUCGCUCAAGGGAAGCUGACUGAAGACAGUGCAGGCAGCGGAGGAGAUGCUUGUUACUACAAUUUUGCAGCUAAAGCAGCCUUGAAAGAUUGUACGAGCAAUGGUGGCUUUGGUAACCAGAGUGUCGGUGCGUUUCUUAGACGAGGCCUUGGUGCUUACUGGGAUUCUUGCAAGGACCGUGAGGAGCUGAACGGAUAUGGUAAAUGGAGCAGAAAAUUGCUUGAAGAAGCCGUUUUUGCUAUGCAUGAAAACACCCAGAGAACUUAUACUUCUGCCGGUGAUCUGUUCAAUCUAGAUUACGAGGCAGAAAGCGAGUACCGUAUGUUUCCUGGUGAAGAAAUCACCAUUUCUAAAGGCUAUUUGAGCAUAAUUGAACAUCUUGCAUCUGUUCUUCCUCCUGGCGUAAUCCAAUUAGGCCGCAAAGUCACAAGAAUCGAAUGGCAACCUGAGGGUCAUAAAUCAAUACAAGUUCCAAAUGGCUAUGAUUCCAGACCAGUGAAGAUUGAGUUUUGUGAUGGAUCUUCUAUGUUAGCAGAUCAUGUGAUAGUCACAGUUUCAUUAGGGGUCUUAAAAUCUGGAACUGGUCAAGAUUCGGGUAUGUUCAAUCCUCCCCUUCCUACUUUCAAGACAGAGGCUAUAUCAAGACUUGGAUAUGGAGUUGUUAACAAGCUGUUCCUUCAAUGGAGUCCAAAUGGUAAUCGACCCGCCAAUGAUAAAGAGAAGUUCCCUUCCUUGCAAAUCGUUUUCCAUCCCCCAGAAUCCGAGUUAAGGCAUGAAAAGAUCCCAGGGUGGAUGAGGAGGACAGCUUCACUGUCUCCUAUUUAUAACAAUUCAAGCGUCCUCCUAUCCUGGUUUGCAGGUAAAGAAGCACUUGAGCUUGAAACACUUAGCGAUGAAGAGAUUAUAAAUGGAGUUUCAGCAACAGUAUCUGGUUUAUUACCAGUAUCAAAACACCACAAGGAAGACAAGUAUAAUUCCCCUGAAUUCUGCAAUGGGAAUGUGGAGAGCUGUGAUGACAAUGGAGUGAGAUUUGGUAAGGUUUUGAAGAGCAAAUGGGGCAGUGAUCCAUUAUUCUUGGGAUCUUACAGCUACGUGGCUGUUGGAUCAAGCGGUGCUGAUUUAGACACAAUGGCUGAACCCUUACCAAAGCUUGGGAGCACUGACUCAGACCACCAUCCACUUCAAAUAUUGUUUGCUGGGGAGGCUACACACAGAACCCACUAUUCUACAACCCAUGGAGCUUAUUUCAGUGGUCUUAGGGAAGCCAAUAGGCUUCUCAAACAUUAUCGUUGUGUUGGGGUUUAGACUUAGCAAUUUAAUUUAUUUUUGAAAUACUCUAUUUUCCUAAAUCCUUCUCAUAUUCUAUCUAUAUAAAACCAUCUUUGUUUUCUCUUUCUUUUAAGUAAAGCGAAGAGUGAAUGAGAGCAAAAGAGAAAAGAAAAAAAAGGGAGGGGGGGUUAAUGGGAAGAUAUAGAUGGGGACAUUUUUAGAUGUAUGGCAUGAAUUAAAGAAGCUUCUUUUCAAUUUUCUAUAGGUUUUCUCUUUGUUUUUGUGAGUGCCCCAGGGAUUUCCUUUUCGUGUGUGUAUAUAUAUAUAUAUAUAUAUAAUCUUGCUUUGAUACUCAAAGCAAAACGAUUUUAA